GCUUCCACUUCUGUGUACAUCCAGCGAGUAUCUCAAGAACAGGCCGCUGUUGUGGCGCGGCUCACUGCGCUCGGGAUGGACAGCAUCCAAGAGGGAAUGAGCAGCACUUCCAUCAGCGAGGGUAUGACCGUCAACCAACCCCAAGAGCCGCCUCUCUCGCGAGCUAUUGCAGCGAAACAACGAGUCCUCGCCAAAUUCGUGCGUACGACCGCCACUACAGGCCCCAACACCCUGAGUUUCCAAGAAGCUGUCGAGAUCGAGAAGCGGGCCCAUGCGCACGACCUGAUGAAGAAACAGAAGAUCAAUGAGAGGAAGAUGCGCCAGGGGCUGCCGAUUAAGGGUGAAGUGCUGACCAGAGCAGAGAUGGACGCCAGGAUGUGGGCCUUCUUGAGUUACAAGCCAACGGAGUCUGACAUGGAGGAUGAGGAUGAUGAAGAUGAAGACGAUUCCGAUGAUGAUCCCGCAAGCUGGUUCGUAGAUGAGGAUGACGAUGGGAGGAAAGGCCAAGACAUUAUCGAGCCUGACGAGGACGAUUACAACGACAUCAUUCGGAUAGAUCAUUCAAGGAUACCGCACAAUUCAUUAUAUGAGGGCGACUGA